AAUACCUGUGUUCAAGUCCAGUUUUCAGGGUCGGUUCCACGGGCUCUUGAGUGAAACUACGUCAGCGGGGCCCAGCUCACCCAAGGUAGGUAGGCUCACGCGCACCCGAAGAGUACGUACCGGAGACACCCCGCGGAGCUAAGCUUGGAGGGCGCCCUCCCUGCCCCACCAAGACUGCCUCGUCCGUCCCUCAUUCACUCACUUCAUGCACAUUCCAUCCCGAGCCCGACCCGGAGCCCGAUCUUGACGACGGACUACAUUCUCUAUCAUUCGCAUCAUUUUCGAUAAUCUGAAUAACCUCACUAGUGACGACCAACAACCUUAGCUCCGGACUCCCGCGUGUGCCACCCUUAUCCUUGUAUCCUCAGGCGGACACCCCUCCGCUAACUAGCGGCGACCUCACCUCUUGACCCCUCCUCCGGCCAGCCACCUGGGUUGAGCCGCACCACCACAGCUACAUACCAGUCCUUGCUUGCUUAAGGACUACCGCACUUUGAACUCAAGAUACCUCACUGCAUUGUACGCCGGGCAUCAUGUUCUCUCAGAAGAAACCAUACUCCGCCGUUACGGUGAGCGUUGAGACGCUGACCGCCGAGACAUACGAUGAAGAUGACAUGAGUGGCAUCCCAGACCUUGUGGAAGUCAUCAAGCUGCAAGCUUCGGGCCCCGUAGAGGCUGCCCGCGCCAUUCGCAAGAAGCUCAAGUACGGCAACGUCCAUCGCCAGCUCAGAGCUUUGACCAUCCUGGACGGCUUGAUCCAAAACGCUGGCCCACGUUUCCAACGAGCUUUCGCCGACGAGCCCCUGUUGGAACGACUUAGGGUCUGCGGAACCUCCGAUCUCUCUGAUCCCGACGUCAGAAAGAAGUGUACCGAGUUGUUCCGCAGUUGGGCUCAGUACAAGAGCACGCCAGGCUUGGAGCGUAUUGCCAAACUGCACCAGGAACUACCCAAGCGCAAGGUCGCUGUUACCCAGGAGCGAUCCAAAGCUGUGCGGGAGACUGAGAAUCCUUUCGGGGAGGAGGAAGAGGACAAGCCUCCUUCGCCCACCACCCGUGCCGGCGAGUCAUCCAGGCCUCAGCAAACGCCGUACCUGCCUUAUGGUAACACAUCCAAUGUCACCAACUCUUUCAGCCACUCCAAAUCCUCUUCCCAUUCCGGCGGCUCCUUCUUCGGGUCGUCAAAGGAUAAGAAGAAGAAGGACAAGGACAAGAAGAGCAAGCGCAAACCCUUCAACCUGGAACUGGAAAAGGACGCAAUGAAGAGCGCGAUUGCUGAGAGUUCCAUCGCCACAACCAACCUGACCAACCACCUGCAGAGCAUCAACCGUGAGAGAGAACGGAUCUCUGAUAACGCUCAAGCUGUCCAGCAAUUCGAAAGCUGCAAACAGCUUAGACGAAAGAUCCUUCGUUAUAUCCACCACAUUGAAUCCGAAGAGUGGCUCGGCAGUCUCCUUCGCGCCAACGACGAGCUUGUCACGGCGCUCAUGACUUUUGAGCAGCUCGACCGCUCGAUCGACGCCGACAGUGACUCCGACGAUGAACUUGCCGAGCAAGCUCACAUGUACCGAAUGGUGACGGAAAAGGCCAAGCAAUCCAUGUCCCCGCCUCCCCCCGAUAUUUCUGGUCUGAGCAUCGGCAACACUCCGUCCUCCCGUCCGCCUGCUCCACCCCGACCGGUCCCGAUGGCGAGGCGUUCCCCGCCCGCACCAGCUCCGGCGAAGCCCCCGAGACCUCCUGUCCAGAAGGUUGUUGAGCCUGACUCGGAGGAGGAAGACGACGAUGACCCUUUUGCCGACAAGAACGCUCUGGAGACGCCCGCGACCGAAAGAGCAGAGCCGAGAUGGUGAUACCAAACCGUCAUAAUUAUUACCCAUCAUACUCUUCCAUCUUCUUUGUACUUUCUCCCCUCUCAUUCAAGGAUAUCCUGUCAUGAUGAGGGAUUGAAUAAGUGGUCGAGAGAUUGCAUCAGGUGCAAGUUGAAAAUCUCAAGUCAUCUAGCAAAGCGCCCCGUUUAGACAUUUCAUUAAUGAAUGAUUCAAGAGCAU